AUGUCUACUCUCUUUGAAACCCCAAUUCCUUCCAACCUUCGGUUCCACGCUGAUGCGGUCUCGAUCGCUUCCUCGGGGAAAAACACUCUAGUAUCAUCUUCAAACGAUAAUGUCUGUUUUAUCGACAAGGACCACCCCGAGAUCAGGAUUUCACGCCAGAGCUUGGCCGAGUUGGCCUACUUCAAUGAAAAGGAAAUUGCUAUUGUCAGAAAUACCUGGGCCAUUAAUUUGGCGAAAACUAGGUCAUCUUCCCCAGAAAAUGAAGAAAAAAAUGGUGCUGCUGCCAGAAAAGUUUCGCCAAUUCUUGCUACUGAUCGUUUUUGGAGAAAAGUUUAUGAGUUGUUGCUUUCAAGGCAUCCAGAGUUGUACAAUAUUUUGCCAUCGAUCAAACAUCAAACAACUUCGUUUUCUGGUAUAUUGUACCUCACCAUUAUGAAUUUGGAGAACUUGAGUAUGAUGAAUAGCUUUUUGGAAAAUUUAGGACGAAGACACUCGCGAGUCUUCGGUGCGGAGCCGGUGUUCUUUCAAUAUAUGGGGAGUGCUUUCAUUGACACUCUUGCAGAGGUGUUUGGUGACGAAUUUUCUCAGGAAAUUGAGACAGCCUGGAGUAAAUUAUACUCCUUCCUCUCAAAUUCCAUCAUUUUUUCUGGAAACAUACAUCCAAUGGUAUUGAACAAUGAGGAGGAUGACUUCAACUCAUUUAUGACUGCCACUAUUAUUCCGAAAGAAGAAGCACCAAUAUUGUUGAAAAAACAAUCAUUUAUUGAGACGCAUUCACUUGUCGAAGAUAGUGAUAGCUCUUCUGAAACUCUUGUGGUUGAUGAGAGCAUCAACUCUGCCAAAAUGAAGAGUUUUGGUAAAGCCCCAGCCGCAAGAGAGAACCAUGUUGGUGCCAAACCAAAAAGAAGUCUUUUGUUUUUCAAGCCGAGACAUGCAUCUCACUAG